AUGGGUCGCCUACACCAAGGCUCUCUUCUUGCGCGUACGUCUUCUCGCGCCUCGUCUCAUUUCGGGGUCGACGCAUCGCUUGCUAUUUCAGAUUCGGCAGAGGCGGCCCCGGCUCCGACUGCUUGUCGAGAGGGAACGGAUCUGCAGUCAGAAGAGGCUGACGCCCGAGUUCUUGCUGCGUCGCCUUCCGCAUGCGAGUGGAAGCGGGGCAGUUACGCAGCCGUCUCUGGGGCGUGGGUUCACCUGCCUAGCGUGAGGGGGCUCACUCCUUCGCCUGCUCCGGCCUCGCCGUUUCCGCCCCCGACGUUUCGUGAGUUUAGGGCCUGCACUCAGCGUCCUCAUGCUGGUCUGCAUGCGCAAGUGUCUCCACCUUCUUCCUCUGUGCCUCUGCCUCUUCCCGAUGGGUGGUUCACACACAAGCAGGUCUACAGGGGUCGCCUCGCUAGCUCCUUUAGUCCGCGGACGAACGCGAGGGCGGGGGCGCCGUCGCCUCCGGCGGGGCUGCCACAGAGACUUGGGAGGCGGGUGCAGCCGAACUUCGUGUCGGGGAGCGAGGGCGAGUACAGUCUCAGGGCGGCGACGGAAAGUCUGACGGCUUUCUUUCUCCACGUCUUCGUCAGAGCCGACCUGCCUGUGCUGGCGUUGGCGCUCCUCGUGGCCGCAGGCGACCGCGAGGGAGUGAGGAGAAUUCUUUCUCUCUCGCCGUCGUUGCGACUGCGCAUUCAGAUGAAGCAAGAGGAAAGCAACGGGCGCGUCUCGGCUUCCGCGGACACGACCGCUCAGCAGCCGAGCAAGGCAGCGGCGCUAGAAAGCGGGCAUCCUGGAGGACGCAGUCGAGAAGACGCGAAGACUGCAGGAGGGGGUGCAGUGCGCAGGAAGCAAAACCGAGACGCCGGCGGGUGGGCAGCAAUGUCUCGCUCCUUGCGAGAGCUGCUUUUCGUCAUGGCUGAGCAAGCGGCAGAAAGCGGGGCGCCGACUGGAGAACGGAUAGAGCCACCUGCCGGGAGAAACGGUGAAAGAAUCCGUAAAACGUAA